AAACUGAAGUUUCACCGAAAAACCCUGCGUGGGUAAAUUCUUCAGGCUCGUAGUCGUCUCUCUCGGAACUUUAGUGCCUUGGCGGCGGCGCGCAGUAGUAGUAGUUAUUGAAGGACAGAGGUGGCGCUUUGAGUCGCGACAUAGCGCGGUAGAUUGGAUUAGAUAUGUGGUUUCGCAGUAUCCAAAGAAUUGGAAAUACUGAUGGAGGUGGAGGUCUUCCUGGCCUUGUGUUCAACACAUUUGCGAGGCAUUUCUCGAGGAAGCGAGCAGAAAAUCUUAGGAAGAUUAAUCCCAAGUUGACCCCUCAGGAAGCUUCUUUGGUUGCUCAAGAUCUCUAUGGUGUUAUCCAGCAGCACGGCCCUCUCACCGUUUCCAAUGCUUGGAUUAAAGCUCAGGAAUCUGGCGUGAAUGGAUUGAGCAGCAAAACACACAUGAAGCUACUGCUGAAAUGGAUGAGGGGAAGGAGGAUGCUGAACCUUUUCUGCCACUAUGUUGGUUCCAACAAGAAAUUUCUGCUUUGUACUCCCGAUGAUCCUCGUGCCGAAGAGUUGAAGAAUUCUUCAGAAUCGGGACCCCAGAGAAAGAAGAGAGCGAAAUCACCAACAAAGAGAAGAAAGACAUCAAAAUAGACCUUUGCUAACGUCUGUUAUUUUAGCAUGCAGUGGGCUGGCUAUCCUCCUUUGAGUUCUUACUGAUGCGGGCUCACGACGCAUGGUGAAUUUGUGAGUCCCUCCACCCUUUUCUUGCCCCCAUUUCAGCUCAUUUUGGUCAUAUGCAAGGUUUUUUUUUUUUGAAUAUUUUACAUUGACUUGUUUCCAUGUAAUUGACUGAUAAAGCAUGUAUUUAAAUUCAUCUUCGAUAAGGCAUGGAUCACGAUGCGCUCAUUGGAUGAAUAGCUAGACUAAACCACUAUGGAUUGGACUAAUAGGAGCCAUCUAAAUAAAAGGCUUAGAGUUUUAAAUCAUGUUUGCCAUGUACUUAGACUUGAGAUUCUAUGGAUUACUUUGGCGAACAAAUGUAGUAGGGUGAUGGUGACUGUCUAGUUUCAAUUUAAGUGCAAUCAGCUACUUUGAAAUUUUAUGUUUUACCGAUGAAACUUCGAAUA